GUCAGAGGGCGGAAACAACUUCUGGUCCGCCUUCUGAUGAGCCCAGCGAGGGGGCGAAUGUCUGAUACUAUCCCAGAAGCCUGGCUACAUGAGUGGCUUCUUCCUCAGGCAUUGCUGGUGGUUCUAUCAAACAUCCCUUUUGUUGGAGACUUGGAUAUUCGAUACUCCUGUACAGCAGACCUCGGAUUUUAUCAGCAGCCAUGAUCGAAGUUCUCCCUCAGCAGCAUGAACAAAAGUGGUGGAAAGAAGCAGUGGUGUACCAGAUCUACCCGGCGAGCUUCAAGGACAGCAACGGCGAUGGGGUCGGAGACAUCCCCGGCAUCAUGUCCAAGCUGGACUAUAUUCGCGACCUGGGCGUCGACGUGGUCUGGGUCUGCCCGCACUACAAGAGCCCGCAGGUCGACAUGGGCUACGACAUCCAGGACUACGAAGAUAUCCACGACCAGUACGGCACGCUCGAGCAGACCGUGGAGCUCAUCAAGGCCGUGCACGACCGGGGCAUGCGCAUCAUCUUCGACCUGGUCAUCAACCACACGUCGAGUCUUCACUCCUGGUUCCAGGAAUCGCGGUCGUCAAGAAACAACCCCAAGAGGGACUGGUAUAUCUGGCGCCCAGCCAAGUAUGAUGCAAACGGCAAGCGGUGCCGUCCGAACAACUGGCGGAGCAACUUCUCCAAACCCGCCUGGACCUGGGACGAGACCAGCCAAGAAUACUAUCUCCACCUGUACGCGCCCGAGCAACCAGACCUGAACUGGGAGAACAAGGAGUGCCGGCAGGCCAUCUACCGGAGCGCCAUCAGGUUCUGGCUGGACAAGGGUAUCGACGGGUUCCGCAUCGACACGGUCAAUCUGUACUCGAAACACCCCGGCCUGCCCGACGCCCCGGUGGUCUAUCCGGACAGCGAGUCGCAGCCGGCGAUGAUGUACUACGCCAACGGACCGCGCAUGCAAGAGUAUCUGAGCGAAAUCAACGACAUCCUCGGCGACUACGACACCAUGACAGUGGGCGAGCUGCCGUACACGCCCCGCGAAGCCGACGUGAUGGCGUACAUCUCGGCGCGCAACAAGCAGCUGAACAUGGUCUUCAACUUCGACGUGGUCGACCUGGGCCAGACCCCGGGGGCGCGCUUCAUCCCGCGGCCCUUCACCACGCGCGACUUCAAGCGCGAGCUCUUCAAGUGGCAGUCGGUGAUCGAAAACACCGACGCCUGGACGACCGUGUUCCUGGAGAACCACGACCAGGGCCGCUCCGUGUCGCGCUUUGCCUCGGAUCUGCCCGAGCACCGCGUGCGCGCCGCACAGAUGCUGGCCGUCAUCCUGGCCACGCUGACGGGCACGCUGUUCAUCUACCAGGGGCAGGAGAUCGGGAUGAUCAACGCGCCACGCUCGUGGUCGGCCGACGAGUACAAGUGCAUCAAGUCCGUGUCGCACCUGAGCGAAGUCCGAGAGAAGUCAAAGAGUGACCCCCACGCGCUCUCCGAGGCGCUGGACAUCCUGCAAAAGAUGGCGCGCGACCACGCCCGCGUGCCCAUGCAGUGGGAAGGGCGAGAAGCCACCAAUGCCGGCUUCUGCCCCGACGGGGUCACGCCGUGGAUGAGCGUGCUGGAGUCCCAUGAGGCGAUCAACGUGGCGGACCAGGCGGGUCGUAAGGGCAGCGUGCUGGAGUUCUGGAAGCAGAUGGUGCGGCUGCGGAAGGCGCACAAGGAUGUCUUUGUGUACGGCAAGUUCCGUGAGGUUGAAGGCGACGACAACAACAACCCAGACGGACAAGACACGAUCGUCUUCGUCAAGGAGGCGCCCGACGGGGCGAAAUCCGUGACCGUGGCCAACAUGUCCACAAAGGAGAAGGACUGGGCUCCUGCGGCCGUGCUGGAGGCGGGUCGAGACUUCAGCCUCGCCGUUGCAAAUGUCGACGAUCUCAAGGAGAAUCGCUUGCAGCCGUUCGAGGCAAGGGUGUACAUUUCGGCGGCGUAG